GAAAGUGGUUCACCUCUGACCUAGGUGCAAAUUCCUCCGCCAUCGCAUUAAAACAGUUUUUGUUUGAAAUAAAAUAGCUUUAUAACUAGUAUACUACCCCCUAACCUGACAAAAUGCGUCCGCCAGAGUUCAAGCUCAACAAUCCGCCGGAGGACCUGAUCUCGGCGGUGAAAUUCGGCCCCAAAUCGAAUCAGUACAUGGCUGCGUCUUCGUGGGACGGAACUUUGAGGUUCUACGAUGUGCCGGCUAACCAGAUGCGCCAGAAGUUCCUGCAGGAUGCCCCGAUUUUGGACUGUGCCUUCAUGGACAUCGUGCACGUGGUCAGUGGCUCGCUGGACAACCAACUGCGUCUCUUCGAUGUCAACACGCAGACCGAGAGCAUAGUUGGUUGCCACGAGGAGCCCAUCCGCUGCGUGGAGCACGCCGAGUACGUGAAUGGCAUCCUCACGGGCAGCUGGGACACCAACGUGAAGCUGUGGGACAUGCGGGAGAAGCGCUGCGUGGGCACCUUCGAGCAGAGCAACGGCAAGGUUUACUCCAUGUCGGUGAUCGACGAGAAGAUCGUGGUGGCCACCUCCGACCGCAAGGUGCUCAUCUGGGAUCUGCGCAAGAUGGACAGCUACAUCAUGAAGCGCGAGUCCUCGCUCAAGUACCAGACCCGCUGCAUUCGCCUGUUCCCCAACAAGGAGGGCUACGUGAUGUCCUCCAUCGAGGGCCGCGUGGCCGUCGAGUAUCUGGAUCACGAUCCCGAGGUGCAGCGCCGCAAGUUCGCCUUCAAGUGUCAUCGCAAUCGGGAGCAGAACAUCGAGCAAAUCUAUCCCGUGAAUGCGUUAAGCUUCCACAAUGUCUACCAGACCUUCGCCACCGGUGGUUCCGAUGGCAUCGUGAACAUUUGGGACGGCUUCAACAAGAAGCGCCUGUGCCAGUUCCACGAAUACGACACCUCCAUCUCCACGCUCAACUUUAGCUCCGAUGGCUCCGCCCUGGCCAUCGGCUGCUCGUAUUUGGACCACCUGCCAGAGACGCCGGCCACCGUGCCGCACCCGGCCAUCUAUAUACGCUACCCGACGGAUCAAGAGACUAAACAGAAAUAAUAGGGUUUUUUUCUUCCGGGAACUCUCUUCAUUUAUUUGUUUAUACACGUUUUUUCCAAGUAAGCUAGUUAACACACUCUUUUUACCUUCGCGUAGGCAUCUUUAACGAAUACC